CUAGAGCCAACCAACAAAACCCUAAGAUUAAGACGCGGAUAGCUCUUUGUAUACGAACAAGCUCAAACUUUUAGGGUUUCUCCUCCGCAGCUGCAACAAUGGCGGUCGGGAAGAACAAAAGGAUCUCCAAGGGAAGGAAAGGAGGGAAGAAGAAGAUAGUUGAUCCUUUUUCCAAGAAGGAUUGGUAUGACAUCAAGGCGCCGUCUGUGUUCACUGUUAGGAAUGUCGGAAAGACCCUGGUCUCCAGAACACAGGGUACUAAGAUUGCAUCCGAGGGACUCAAACACCGAGUCUUUGAGGUUUCUCUGGCUGAUCUUCAAGGUGAUGAGGAUAACGCCUACAGGAAGAUCCGUCUCAGAGCCGAAGACGUCCAGGGAAGGAAUGUCCUUACCAACUUCUGGGGAAUGGAUUUCACCACUGACAAGCUGAGGUCAUUGGUAAAGAAGUGGCAGACGCUUAUCGAGGCCCAUGUCGAUGUUAAAACCACCGACAACUACACCCUCAGGUUGUUCUGCAUUGCCUUCACCAAGAGACGGGCAAACCAGGUCAAGAGGACUUGCUAUGCUCAAUCCAGCCAGAUCCGUCAGAUCCGUAGAAAGAUGAGGGAAAUCAUGGUUAAGGAGGCUUCAUCAUGUGAUCUGAAAGAUCUUGUCGCAAAGUUCAUCCCUGAGGCCAUUGGUAGGGAGAUCGAGAAGGCUACACAGAGCAUCUAUCCUCUCCAGAACGUUUUCAUUAGGAAAGUCAAGAUCUUGAAGGCACCCAAAUUCGAUCUGGGCAAAUUGAUGGAGGUGCAUGGAGAUUACUCGGAGGACGUCGGAGUGAAGGUCGAGAGGCCGGCAGAUGAACCGAUGGCGGAGGAGCCGACUGAGGUCAUUGGAGCUUGAAGGUUGGCUUCCAUCGUUUUCUGAUGACUGUUAUUUCCUUCAUGUUUUGGGAUUAUUUAUCUUGUGUUUUGAGAUUUUGUCUUCAACUAUACUUCUGUCUUAAUUUUGGGUUCGGAACCCUAAGAACAUUAAGUCCUUGCUUUUUGCUCU